AUGGACCCCUGGGCGCUCGGCGGACAGCCUUUUCUCUCCGCGAUAAUCACGAGCGACAACAGGGACGUCGUGCCCGUCAAAGGCUUCGUUGCCCCCCGAGACCGGUGCAUGCGCUGCGGGUGCAUGCCCGGUGUCAGCGCACUCAUGAAAUGCGGCGGGCGCAUCGUCACCAAGUACUGCAGCCACGAAUGCCAGAAGACGGACUGGGCCGCCCACAAAGCCGUGUGCGUGGCGGGGCUGCAGCACCGCGGGCUCUGCUCGGACAACGCCGCCGCCGGCUUCCGCUGCCCCGUGCAGACCGCGGCCGCGAUGCGCGACUGGGCGGAGCACUUCCGGUACGCGAUCACGCUCGCCUGCGACGCCGUCGUCCACGCGACGCGCGCGCAGACGGGCGAGCCCGUCGCCCGCCUCCUCACCCCCUUCCACUACUUCUGCCUCGAGAUCGCCCCGGCCCCGGCCCCAGGGCCCGCGCGCCCGCCGACGGCGCGCUUCGCGGUGCGCACCCACGCGUGGAGCAAGGUCGUCCUCCCGCAAAACGCCGGCCUGCGCCUCCACGGGGAGGUCUGGGGCCGCGCGCAGGACAUGCGCCCGCACGCGCUCCUCAGCUGCUUCCCGGUCGUCAUCUGGUCCCCGGAGCUCCGGCACAUCCUCGUGGGGACGUACCCGGUCUACCGCCUCCGCCCGGACGCGGGCGGGCGGGAGCGGAGGCUGGAGGAGGAGGACAAGCUGGUGAUGGAAGACGCCCUGCACCUCUUCGCGCACGUCGUUGGGUACAAGAACGACGGGCCGGAUCGGCUUAUGGUGGGGCCGCCGAAGAAACCGUGGAAGCUGCCUGUGGUGGGGUACGUGCGGCGCAAUGGGAACAAGUGGGCGGUGAAGGAGGCAAAGGAUUGGGAUUGGGACCGUUGGCCGGGCCGCGCUCACAUUUCGCCCCCCUGUCAAACCGAUCUGAAGACGUCGGAGAUCAUUCGACGGUUUAGAGAGCUUGUGGAGGUGCCGUGA